ACACUAAUGUUGCGUGCGAUUUACGGGGAAUUUUCUACGUGAGUUGUGCGAAUGUCAGAUUGUGAUGUUUCUGUGAUCCAGAUUAAGUGAAUGUGUUUUUCUUCAUUGACGGCUAUGACAACCUAAUAUGAUUGAUGGAGAAAUCAAGUACAGGGAGCGGUGAUGGUGCAGAAAAUGAUCCUAAUAAAGAUAAAGACACUGCUGCUAUGACAACUAGCAAUGAGCAAGAUAAUCCAUUUGCGGAGUACAUGUGGAUGGGAGAUCCUAAGGAAGAAGAUGAGGUCAAUUUACAGGUAAUGGAGGAGAUUCUGGAAGAGGAAUUUAUCGAGUCUUGCUUUGAAGACAUGCUGGAGGAAGAAGCGCUUGGACUCUUUACACCACCGGGCGAGGAGCCUGGUGGUGAUGGGGAUGAUGAGAUUAUCCCUGCCCUUCAUAGCUUGAGUCUGGAUGAAAACGAUGCAGUCGCUGAUCUCAAUGCAGUUGUAGAUGUAGAGAGCAGAGAUGAUGAGAAUCAAGAUCAUGAAGGGGAUGGAUGGAGGGGCGGAGCUAAUGGAUCAACACCCUCAGGAUUUGGGGGUCAAGGUUCAGAUGGAGAAUCAGAGAAUGACAGCACACCAUGAUUUCACAGGAUGCUUGGGACUAUUAUUGACUUACAAUCAAAAUUCUGAUGCGGAUUCCUUGGGAGACACGCCACAGAGGUAGAUCUGAAGCAGUUAUCAACAUUCUUAGAGUUCCCCAUCUGGACCAAAGAAAGGUGUCAAUUUGCCAGGAAUAUUUAUUUAAUCAGAUGUGUAGGCAUGUGUAGAGUAGUAUGUCGUUCCAUAUAUAUGUACAUGUAUGUAAUUCUGCAUUUGUAUGAUUUCAAUCAAAGUUGUUAAGUGCUGGAGAAGAAUUGGCAACCUUCUUUGCUGCAUUUAAAUGAUUGCAACUUAAAUAAAAAAUACUUUCAAAGAUGCCCAAACAUUUAAAAUAGAUUUUUUAAAGCUACCUAAAAUAAUCAAUUAAUAGAUAAGAAAUAUCAUUAGUUUUUCCUGUAUCCCUGGAAAAUAUUAUUUUUUUUGUUUGGUUGAAAACUUGAGUGAAUGAGAAAUUAAGUAUGGUCUGAGCUUUGUUUUUGGAUCUUGACGACAGUUCUUUUGUAUACUUUUAGGUGAAUUAUCAAUAGUAUAAUUAGUACGUAUACAUGCUUUGUCCUUUGCAUAAUAUGCCAUGUUGUGUCUAGUCUUCGCCCAAGACGUCAGUGAUCGACAGCGAUGGUUGCAUUGUUGUAGAGCACCCUUGCAUAUUUUUUUUUGGGGGGGGGGAAUCUUGGAGCAAUGGGGGUGUGACCGUUUUAUGUCCGUUGGUGUAAAUACCGGUAUUAAUGUCUUCGAACAAUAUUCCCAUAUUUGAUAUAGUCGCAGGCGCGGGGGUAUCACUGCAUUACGUAUCUAAUUAGCAAAGCUUAAUCACAUGCACGUAGCGCGCAUGCUACAUCUUUCAUGUGACGACUAUAAACUUUCUCAAACAAAAGGCACAGCGUUCAGUGGCUGAACGUUCAUUAUUGAGCGCACAACUGACUCUAAACCAUUUUCGCGAAAGCCUAGGGAGAAAAAGAAAAAGUUAAACAGCAAGUACAUGAUUCUCAAGACGUUAGUGCGAGCAGGCGCGCUGGUCUAAUGCUGUUAGAUAUGCAGGAUCUACUGUCAAUCACUAGUGUCUUGGGCAAAGACUAUGUUAUGUCAUGUUUCUCAGUUUUUGUCAUUAGUGAGUGAUGGACAGAACAGGUUGUCUAGUACAGAUUGCGCUACUCAUAUAAAGGUGUGUGUCACAUGUACAGGUCUGAAAAUGGUCACAUUUUAUGCAUUUAAACUUCCAUCGUCCAUUUGAAAGAGGCGUUUGAAAUAUCAAGAUGUAAAAAGUAACAGCGCGUGUAUUCCUAUUUUCGUUGUACAAAUUUGCUAACAUUUCUGUUAUACACAAAGUUCUGUAGAUGUGUCACUCAUGCUCAAUGAAUACAGAAUAUUUACUCGUAUUUAAAGAUGCAUUCCCAAUGCUAUUUUUGAUUUUCACCUCGAAAAGUAGAUUUUUUUUCAAUUGCUUUUUUCCUUACAUUACACAAAGAAUUAACUUUUGAAUUUGAGGGAGAUACUGAACAAAAAAUCGACUUAUGUCGAGUCAGAGUUAGUAAAUUAUUUCUUAACAAAAUUCAAAUUGUUGGCUGCCAAUUUAGCUCUCGCGGGGCGAGUUUAUUUGUGCGCAAAAUCGGUAAAAAAAAAAGAGUAGAUUUUAAAACAACAUAUAAAUAGAAAAUAUGUCAGGAGAAAAGACAAUCGAAAUCAAUUUAAAAAAUGAAGCAAUGUAUAUGCAUCUUUAACCCUAACCUUCCCAAAUUCUCCAAAAUCCUUUUUGUAAAAUGGAGGACUGAGGCUACAUGGCAAAAUGGGUGGCUGGUUUUGGAGGAUGCAUUGUGUUAAGGUCUUGGGCCGGACCUUGUGUUGUUUAUGCUCAGCCGUGCAUAAAUUUAGGCCGAGAUUGUACUUGAAAUCCUCUGCACUGCUCCAGGAUGUCACUGGCCCUGCCUCAUCAUAUUGACAAGAGGAUUUGGCAGGAUUGAGGUAGUGGUCACCCCUCCGUAGACCACAUUCAAGAAACAACAGAUGAUUUUGGAAGGAUUGGGGCUGUAUGCAAUUUUUACAUGGAGGCAGUUGGGUUAUUGCAGGAUUGAGGUUGCAUCCUGGCAAACAUUCCUAGGGAGUUCAGGUUAAAGGUAGUGUGCGUGUGUGAGGUAUGCUCACAAUUUCUCGGGUAAUCUUAAAAUUUCCUAGACUGGAUUCGAUCAUCUUGUAAAUCCAGAAUUGGACCAAGACUAACACACUGUAUGUAACAAGGCAUUCCAUUUCACAACGUUCCAUAAUGUACCAACAGAAAGAUAACUUGAUGUUCAGGAAGACGUCAGUGUUAUUGAUGGUUACUUGAGUAUAAAUGACGAUGUUGCAUGAUUGACAUGCGACAACAUAUGUGAUGGGGAAGUUUGCAGGUAACAAUGUGAAGUGACUAGAAACGGGGUUCUGAAAAGAGUCCUUUGAAAUGUACAUGUUUCGCUCAACCCAUCGCCCAAACAGGGCGCUGGGAAGGGCAAACUUCUUUUCUUCAAGAUGCAUGACGUAAUUUCUUCGAGUCCUCACUGGUUCAAAUGUGUUUGGACAAAAACACGGGUCAACUCUUAAUUCCGAGAGCAGGUGAGGCGUUCGCGCCGAGUGUACACACACAUUGAUUUUGGUAUAUAGCAAGCUACCCACAAUGCUUUGCAACGCAUGUGCUUCCUUUGAAAAAGUUUGCGAAAGAGAUUAGCCCUUUUCAGCACCAUGUUUGAGCGCCCUGUUUGGGUGCCGGGUACGAGCGAAAUGUACAUGUAUAUGAUAUAGCAUCAUGGCAACACUGGAUAUAGGAGUGUACAUCAUGUACAAUAGUUCUGUAUUGCAAACUUGUAUUUUAUAAACAUUCCACCUUAAUCCUACGUUUUUGAAGAAAUUAGGUCUAUUACUUUAGAGGAGUCUUAGUUUGCUGUAUCAAAUGAUAGAUCACGCCAAUGUUCAACAUUCACAGCUAAGCAUUUUGUAUAAGGUUUUUGUCAUGUGGAUAGGUGCAAAGGCUAAUCGUCACAGGUUUAUGUGUAGUAUAAUAUCAAACAAACGUGACACUUCAAAUUAUGGACAAACGACCCUCGUGUGACUAAUUAUUUCAAUUUUUAAUUUUCAUAUAAAUUGCACAAUUUAUACAAAAUAAUUUCUUGCCCCUUAUACAAAUACCGAAUCAUAUACACUGUACUUCAAGAUAAUACACUCUGAUUUCAAGUGGGCUUUAUACAUGCGCAUAAACAAAAUAAAACUAAAAACACGUUUUCAACACAGCAAGAAGUUCAAGAUGGUUUAAUUCUGCAUUCCUUUGCUUUGUUUUUGUUGAGUUCUUUUUUUUAAUUCAGAAAAAUGCGUAGAGAUUUUAAUAAUUCAGUUUUCAAACAUGUAAAUAAAAUUUACAGGACAGAAAAUGUGA